GCGCACAAACCGGCGCAGCCUCCGUCUCGUCACUAUCUAGCCCGGCGUGACACGGCUUCAUGCUACACCAUGCCUCCGAUAAGGGACAACGCCACCGCAGCGUCACCGGAGGCUUACGUCACCGACGGUGGCUUUAAAACCAAGCUGCCAAGCUCGGAAGUGUUCAUUCCUUCGCUACCCGACUGAGCGCAGCGUUGGUAUGCUCGCCCCGCUGCUGCUACUCCGUUAAUAAACAGUUGUUACGUUUUAUGUUGGGAUGCGUCCUUCCAUCUACACGGCAUCCCACAUCUGGUGACCCGGAAACCGAACAAACCGCACCGCCAUGGCCGACCCGGAAGCUCUCACCGCUCUGCGCCAGCAAGUGCAACAACUUCAACAGGCACUGCAGACCCAGCAACAGCAGCCUUCCCGCAGCGCCUCCACAACAGAGGCCGUUCCUGCCGGCUCCGCUGAGGACGUCAGAGCUCCCGCAGAAGGCAUCCCGCACGCUGCCUCAUACGACGCAUGGCGUGUCGCCGUCAAGCUUUCGCCGUUUUGGGCGGACUCGCCCGAAGUCUGGUUCGCCCAGGUCGAGGCCCAGUUCUCCCUGGCGCGCAUCACGCAAGACCGCACCCGCUACGAUUACGUCAUCGCCCACCUCGACGCACGUUAUGCCAACGAGGUCCGGGAUAUUCUCGCCAACCCACCAACGGCCAACCACUACGAACACCUGAAGACUCAACUCAUCCGCCGCCUGUCGCUCUCGGAUGAACAGAAGGUGCGGCUACUUCAGUCCACAGAGCUUGCUGAGCGCAAACCUUCGCAGCUCCUGCGCCACAUGCGUGCGCUCGCGGGAAGCUUGCAAGUCCAGGAUUCCUUCCUGCGAGUGCUUUGGCUCCAACGACUCCCGCCGCACGCCCAGGCAAUUCUGCAGGCCCAGGUUAGGCUACCCCUCGACGAACUUGCGGAGAUGGCUGAUCGCGUCAUCGAGGUCUCCUUGCCGCUGUUGUCGCCCACCAUCCAGGCUGUCGCCGCACCGCUGAACACCGCCGAGCUUGCACGCCGCAUCGACGACAUCGAUCGACAGCUCAACUCCAUUCAACAACGCUUGGGUGAACGUCUUCCGAUGCACCAGCGCCGCCACUCGCAAAGCCGCGACCUUAACACCAGUUCGUCGCGGCAACCCGACAACAACGGCCCGUGCUACUACCACCGACGCUUCGGGGACAGAGCCCGGCAAUGUCGACCACCCUGUUCCGCUGGGCAUGCGGAAAACGCCAACGGCAGCUCGUAGAGACGGCCGCAAGCUGCCAACCCGGAGGCCGUCGCAUCUUCGUCAACGACCAAAUCACGAAGCAGCGGUUCCUUGUCGACAGCGGUUCCGACAUUUGCUGCUACCCGCGAUCCCAUCUUCAAGGUCCUCGUCCGCCUACGUCUUUCGAGCUCAGCGCGGCAAACCGCUCUACAAUCAAGAUGUACGGCUCGCUCUGCCUGCACAUCCAGCUCAGAAACAUACGCCGUGACCUUCGCUGGAAUUUUGUCAUCGCCGACGUCGCCGAGCCAAUCAUCGGCUCAGACUUUCUGGCCCACUACAACCUCCUUCCGGACUGCCGCAACGACCUCCUCAUCGACGCGACAACGGGACAUUCCACACCAGGCCAGCGAACGACCGCCCAACAGCCAAGCAUCAAGGUACUCAGUGUUGACAAUCAUUCGCCGUACCACGCCAUCCUCGCCGAAUUUCCCGGAUUGACGCGCCCCAGCGGACUGCCACGCAGAGUGCAGCACACCACCGUGCACUACAUCCGGACCACUUCAGGCGCCCCGGUUUUCUGCCGCGCCUGUCGCCUUGCCCCGGACCGUAUGCGCAUAGCCAAAGCAGAGUUCGAGGCCAUGCUCCGCGAAGGAAUCGCCCGCCGCUCUGACAGUCCAUGGGCCUCGCCACUCCACCUUGUUCCGAAGAAGACCGAAGGCUGGCGACCCUGGGGAGACUACCGUGCCCUCAACGCGCGCACCAUCCCGGACAGGUACCCCGUCCACCACAUACAGGACUUCGCCCAUCGCAUUCAUGGCUGCCACGUGUUCUCCGUGCUAGACUUGGUGAAGGCCUACACACAGAUACCCGUCAAUCCGGAUGACGCCCCGAAAACAGCAAUCAUCACUCCCUUUGGCUUGUUCGAGUUUCCCUUCAUGAGCUUCGGCCUGAGGAACGCUGGACAAACCUUUCAGCGCUUCAUUGACGAAGUCGUCCGCGGCCUCGACUUCUGCUUCGUUUACCUUGACGACAUACUG